UACUAACAAUUUCCGUCAUUGUUAAGAUGAAGUUCUUGCAAAUAAUAAUUGUAAUGACAGCUUUUUUACUACUGUUGGCCGCUCCAUUGGAGGCUAAAGGUGGCAAAGGCGGCGGCUUAGGUGGCGGUUUAGGCGGCAUGUUAGGAAAAACUCAUACUGGUGGCAAGGGUGGUGGUAAAGGACGUAAAGGAAAUGGUGGUGGUCUGCAGGAACUGCUUGGUGGUGGAGGACACGGGAGCCACGGUGGCAAGGGUGGUGGUAAAGGACGUAAAGGAAAAUAUGAUGGUGGUCUGCAGGAAAUGCUUGGUGGUGGAGGACACGGGAGCCACGGUGGAAAGGGUGGUGGUAAAGGACGUAAAGGAAAAUAUGAUGGGGGUCUGCAAGAACUGUUGGGUGAUGGCGGACAUGAGAGCGGCCGAAGCCAUGGUCACGAUAGAGGAACUGAAAAACUUAUUAUACUUUAAAGUGCUUAUUCAUAAUCAAUUGCCCAAUUCACAAUCAAAGUCGUAGCGUUGUAAGUUGUUUGUGAAAAAUAUUUUUCAAACAAAAUUUUCUGAAACAAAACCAAAAUAUUAUUAAAAAAAAAUUACGACAUACAACGCUACAACACCAAUUGUGAAUUGGGCAAAUAUUUAAAUAAAUCAAAGCUUUAUAAAACGAAUUUUGUAUAGAAACUUUGUUUUAUAAAGCUUUUAUUAAUUUAAAAUAAAAACUGAUUAUGAAUAUGGGAAUGAAAUUUUGAUUAGAAAUUGUGUAAAGUUGGAAAAAUUAAUUAGUUGGAUUGUGUUGUCAUUGCAUUUAAUAGUGUAAGAUAUAAAAUGAAAUGUUUGUAAUAAAGUGAAAUAAAACAA